AUGUGUGAAUCUGUGAGCAGACCGUAUGCCACCCCCUUGCCAGGGAUUGGCCAACGAUCCCACCUGACGCCCACGCCGCUGCCUCAAAGAGGGAUACCACCUACUUCUGGAAAGCGAAGGACUAGCGAUGACAGGGCAGAGAGCUAUGAUAAGCGGCCAAUGACUGGCCGACCAGUGGAAGAGGGCGGGUCCGAGGCCGAUGAUGAGGAAGAAGAUAUCGACAAGAAAGAUAGCCCCGAAGUUCUCAAAAAUAUCGUGAAAGGACUUGGAAGCCACAGCUCUUCUAGGCAACUUUCCUGUGCGACAAAAGCCCGAAAGAUGCUUUCUAGAGAUUCCAAUCCACCCAUUGAGGAUUUCUUGGAAGCUGGGAUUUUGACUCCUCUCUUACCGCUUAUGCAGGAAAAUGACAAUCCUAAGCUUCAGUUUGAAGCUACGUGGGCUUUGACCAAUAUAGCUUCUGGGAACUCUAAACAAACUGCGGCUGUCGUAGAGUCUGGUUCUAUACCUAUACUUGUGAAACUCCUAGAGUCAAGUGAGGGAGAGGUGCGUGAACAGGCCGCCUGGGCAUUGGGAAACAUCGCAGGAGACGGGCCGAAAUCCAGAGACGCCGUACUGCUAGGGGGAAUCUUACAACCCCUUAUAAAUAUCAUAGAGGCUGGUGAACAAGAAGGCCCAACUAAGGUGUCUACAAUACGAGUGGUAGCAUGGGUGCUUGCUAAUAUAUUUCGCAAUAAAAACCUUACACUCACCCCAGAAGAGCUGAAGGAAUCCAUUGCCGCUCUCAAGGUGUUAGUCAACUAUCGUGACGAGGAGGUUAACGUGGACGCUUUGUGGGCCCUUUCGUACCUGUCAGAGCAGGGCGAUGAAGAGAUCGAGGGGGUGCUUCGUGAGGACCUCCUUCCCGUCAUCGUGCGUCACCUGGGGUCAGAUCGGAGUCAGAUGAUUGUUCCUGCCCUACGGGCAUCGGGCAACAUCGUUAGCGGCAAUGACUUGCAGACGGAAGCUGCCCUGGCGGCUGGUGUUUUGCCACUGUACAAGCAAUUGCUGCGGAACACACGCAGGAACAUCCGUAAAGAGACGGCGUGGGCUCUCUCCAAUGUCACGGCUGGGACCAAAAGGCAGAUCCAGCAAGUGGUUGACGAAGAUUUACUUCUUGAUCUCGUCAGGGUUAUUAAGGAGGGAUUCCUAGACGUACAAAAGGAAGCGACGUGGGCGCUCUCCAACCUAACCUCGGGAGGCACGCCGAGCCAGAUUGAAGCCCUGGUCGCUGCAGGAGGCGUGGAAGCACUCGUAACAGUCUUGGGUGUUUUUGAAACUUCUGUUGUCACUGUGGCCCUCGAGGGGCUUGAUAACAUCCUGGCGGAGUGUGGGGACAAGCAAGCAAUCGUUCAUAGGAUAGCAGAGGCUGGAGGAAAGGAGAAACUUGAGAUCCUACAGCGGAAUACGGAUGAGACAGUGAGUGGCAAAGCCAAAGGUCUACUUGAAAUGCAUUUUGAUAACACAAGAGACAACAGUGAUGUGAGCGAUAAUGAAAGCCAGGCAGAUACCUUGGAUAACUAAGGUUAGAGAAAGGCAUGUACUCGUUGGCUCAUACGUUGUCAUAGAACGGCUGUAGACUUCAUCAUAAUGGCAAUCAUGAAUCCAUAGUGUCUUAAUGAUGCACAGAAAAAGGGAAAGCAGGAAACGAGCAAUAUGCGGAAUGCAGACCCAGCUGGAAGCGAAUGCUAAGCUUAUGUGUAUAUAUACCCAGAAGAACUGAAAACACUUUAAGACUCAGUUUUUAUUUUAAAGCUUAAAACAACAUUUCUAAACGAAAUCUGACAGUGUUGGUAUAAUUAGACAAAGAAAAGGGAAAACCUCAAACAUCGAUAAAAAGAAAAGAAGUAAGGAUCGGUUUUAUACCAAAAGAUAACAUGGAACUUGAAAAAAAUCUAAUAAAAGCGUACUUUGUACAUGAUAUAUAUGUGUGUGUGUGAGUGUGAGUGUGAGUGUGAGUGUGAGUGUGAGUGUGAGUGUGAGUGUGAGUGUGAGUGUGAGUGUGUGUGUGUGUGUGUGUGUGAAGGCCAAAUUAAGCUGAGGUCUUAUAUACAUGGAAUGAAAAAACGUUUGCUUCCCUCAUAAAUUUGUAAAAAUGUAUAUGAUUUAUUUAUUUAUUUACGUACCAAAAGUCUGCUUGGAGUUGGAUAAAUUUUUCCAUUGCAUAUUGUUAUUGAAUUCUUCUGUGCUUAAGUGAUUAUUCUCGAAUAUCUAUGAAAAAAACUAUCGUGCGCACAAAUAGCCCCUUACACCUUUACAUACAUAUAUCAAACACAGUAAUGUCAGUAAGCCUAUAAGUAUACAUCAUAAGUUCAUCAUACAAAAACAAGCAUGUAUCCUUCUUGCUUGCAUUCAUAACAUACGUCUUAUAUAAAACCACAGAGUACCUCUUCAAUGCCUGAUUUCAAAAGUUGAAGAUUAACUAAAUAAGAAUGAUAUACAUAUAUAGCUCCUUUUAAAGAUGAUUUAAUUUUAUACUCGGUGUGGACAUUAUAAGAUGCUCCAAAUUGUAUUCUAAAAGAAAUUCAAAUACUG